AUGAACGGCUUUGAAAAACCAUUUUGUUUUCUGUUUUUUUUUCUUACCUAUUUUUUUCUUUUUUUUACCUUUUUUUUUCCUUUUUUUCCUUCACAGACAUUCUUCUUUGUCUUCAUUCACAAUCAGAUCUCUUUCUUUCUUUCUUUCUUUCUUUCUUUCUUUCUUUCUUUCUUUCUCGGCCAAUUUAUAAAUUUCUUUCUUUCUUUUAUUUUUUUUCUUGACCAGUCUAUUUUCCGUGCGCCCGUCCAUUUUUCUUUCUUUUUACGUACCUUUCUUUCAUUGGAGUCAUUUUCUUUCUUUCUUUCUUUCUUUCUUUCUUUCUUUCUUUCUUUGAGAUUAACUAUGGUCACUUUUGGGCCAUUCAAUAGAAAAUUCUUUUUGUUGCAGUAUUCGCCAUUGUCAAUGCUUCGAUCAAAUAUGGAAAUAAAAGUAAUGAGUUUGUUGGCGACUGUGCUCACCGUAUUCAUUGUGCAGAUAAACUGCGAAGACUUACACAAAAUACAAACAGACACUUCCGGCAUUUCUAAUUUUAUCGGUCUACCAGAUGCAGAGGAGGGUGAACUUGUAAGAUCCCCAAUUGUUGACGAAUCAGCACUCGGUAUUGACGAUGUCGACAAACGAAACAGCCUCUUCCGAUUCGGCAAGCGUGGAAACCUCUUCCGAUUUGGUAAACGCGGAAACCUCUUCCGGUUUGGUAAGCGUGGCAACCUCUUCCGUUUUGGACGCGGUGGCAGCAAGGACGACCCCGAAAACGAAGGACUAAAACGCACCAUCUUUAGAUUCGGUAAAAGAGACGGACUCGAAGACCUUUACGACUACGAGGAUCCCUCAGCACAACAGGCGGCAGCAACAGCUGGAGAUAAGCGCGGUUCUUUCUUCCGGUAUGGACGAAGCCGCACUUUCUUUCGAUACGGUAGAAGCACUGAUAAGAACGCCGAGAAGAGGCCACACACACCCUUCCGAUUUGGAAGAGAAGAAGAGUAA